AUGGAAGAGGGCGCCCCUGUUGACAGCGAUAUGAAACGGGAGGCUGAAGUCAUUCGUCAGGUUCGGGACACGGAGCCUGAGACGUCUCCCACCUUGGAUUCUUUUCCAUCAACCAUGCAGCCACCACAAGAUGUGGCAUCGGAAUUUGACACGGCUUCAACCAAAACGGCAACCCCAUCUGCGCCCAGUUUCAGCAAGCAAGCCAGUCGCAACUCGGGAGGCGUGGAGUUUUGGAACUCGUUCGAUGACCGAUAUCGUACCCCGCCGCCCCUGCGCCAGAUGGGCGCUUCGUCGGCUCUAGAUGAUGAGAUGGCCUUGGACAUGACCCCGUCGACCACGAUGGGGUCUUCUGUAGCCGACUCGGUCAAAGUGCGAUCUCGCUCCUCCACUCCCCAUGCCCCCAACACGGCCGCCAUCGAGAUUACGCGCAAACGGCGUCGUGAGGACGACUUUGACCCCAAUCUAUUCAAGCGCCGCGCCGUGUCGCCCAGUGUGAGUGCCCAGAGCAGUCCCGUGCUGACGCAUUCCUCCACCGUCAACGAGACGGGGCCGAAUCCCUGGGGGCCCCCGCCGAAGCCAUCGCUCGGAGCGCCCUUCUCGGAGCGCACUAGCACGGAGAACGAUAAACGAACGAACCCCCAUACGGGGACGCCGAAACGCGUGGGACUGCAAGGCAUGACGGAAGCUAGUGAUGGAUUCAUGAACAUGAGCAUUGAGUAA